AUUAUGUGCUAUUAAAAUCGGUAUUAAAGAUCUUUUACUUUAAUAGAAAACUUGUGGCUGUUUUGUACAAUUGCGCUGUACCGCCAAUCUGAAAUAUAAUUACAAAGCAAAAAGCGUAGGCAGAAAAAAAAAUUAAAGUUUAGCAACAAAACCGCCCCCCGGAAGGCCUGCGCUUCAAGUCGCGGCGGCAGUUACCAACUACAUAUUUGCAUCUCUCAUCUUCGUGUCAUGAUUCUUAUGCAUUUCUGAGUUUUCUGAAUUCUCCUCCAACUGGAUUAUCUUAUUUAUCUAUCUGGAUUAUCUUGUUUAUACUUAAUUUAUUUUUCUUCAGUUAUUUGCGGUUUGAUUUAGAUCUUAUCGUUAUUAGUGUCAAUUAGGUGCAUCCUGCAUAGCACAGAUUUUGUGAGAUUUGAGCUGAGCACUGCGAAAUGGCCGUAGCGUGAUGUACAGUAGUAUGUGUUCAUAGGCUGUUAUAUUACAGUAAUUUUAGUCUUGCCGCUUGCGGAUUGCACGCUUCGGACUGAUGACAUACCUAUUGUGGUUUUUCAACCCGUAAUCGAUUGAUCCUACUGGGUUCUGGGAUUGGCGUGUGUUUGAAUGAGUUGUUUGAUGUGAAGCGCGACUACGGAAGAUACGAGUACACUAGCAAAUACGGAAAGAAUCCCGAAAGAUCGGUGCAGCUACAGGACUCCAAACAUUCAUUAGGUACUCGUAUGCAGAUUCUGUGCCAUCUGUGGGCCUAUGGCUGUGUGAUAAGGCAUUGUGCAGUGUGAAUAGGUUAACAACAUACCCGUAAUACCAGCGCGAACCCAGUGGCUCGUCUUGACGAGUCAUACCUGGGAUCUUGCCUUCAUUAAGAAGUGUCGCAAGUCAGAAGUGGCUUUUCUUCCCUGCUGAAAAAUGGAUAACAUCCCGCUCAGCGGUUUUCGCAUCCUUAGGCGGCUACGAGUAACGGGAUGGCACGACACACCUCGCCACCUCACCACCACCACGACGACCCCUCCCCCGAUGCCGAGGACGGCCCCUGCAACGUCCUCGGCCUCGACCGACCCUCGCGAUCAGUCGUUAUUCCGCAGUCUGGCCGGCAGCUGGUGGCAGCCGCGGGCCAUGCCGGCCCUGCACGCCAUGAACGCGCUACGUGUGCCGCUGAUUCGCGACGCCCGCAUCGCUCACCAUUUCCGGGGCCAACCGGCCGCCCAGAAGGAUCUCCACAACGCCCCCUAUCCUCUGCAGAACACCCGCAUUCUCGAUGUGGGCUGUGGCGGGGGCAUCCUCAGUGAGGCAUUGGUGCGGUUGGGCGGGGAGGUCACCGGGAUUGAUGUGGUGGAGGAGAAUGUGCAGACGGCGCGCCAGCACUGGGAGCAGCGCAGAAGGAAAGGGGCGGAUACUGUAGAGGAGGCACUGUGUGGGAAGCAGGCCAUUCCUGGCAGUCUGUCUUACCAGUGCACCACCGUGGAAUCCUUCGCCGUCCUCCACCCCGCUGCAUUCGACAUGGUCGUGUGCUCGGAAGUGAUUGAGCAUGUGGCGGACAGUAACUCCUUCCUGGACGGCGUCUGCACCCUCAUCCGCCCUGGUGGCAUCGUCGUCUUCACCACCAUCAACCGCACACUGGCAUCUUUCGCUUUGGCAAUCGUGGCCGGGGAGUACGUCUGCCGCUUCAUCCCGCGUGGCACCCACCAGUGGGGGAAAUUUGUGCGGGUGGAAGAGCUGCAGCGGAACCUGGAGAAGCGCGGCAUGGAUGUGCGCUUGACGCAGGGCAUGGCUUAUAAUCCGUUGACCAACGAGUGGCGGUGGUGGGCUAGCGAUGCGGUGGUGUAUGCACUGGUUGCCGUUAAGAACGGCUGAUUCUUUCUUGAGGGGACUUUCUAAAUAACGUUUCAGCUCGGAUCGAACUGUUUUUGUGGCUUAUUUCUGCUGAUAUUUUUGUGAUAGAUCGUGGAAAUCGCUGAAUUUUGCUGUACUUGACGUUUGUGGUAGGGUUGGCGCUGGCUUGAGAUAAAAAUAUGACAGUAUCUUCUCAACGAUUUUUCAGUUGACAAGAACAGCGUC